AUGUGCUCCGCCGCCGCCGCCGUGCUAUCCGUCGCCACGACCUCUGCCCCUCGCCUCUCGCGCCGCGUCGCGGUCAUCGGCGGCGGCAGCGCCGGCGUCGUGACCGCGCGCUUCCUCAAGCGUGCUGGCCACGACGCCACCAUCUUCGAGUCAGGCUCGACGGUUGGAGGCGUGUGGGCAGACAACCCGACCAACGACGUGGUGUACAAAGGUCUGCACACCAAUCUGCCCACGGUCGUGAUGCAGUCUCCCGACCUCGACUUUGCCUCCAGCGUGCCUUCCUACAUCACCAAGGAGAUGCUGGGACAGUACAUCGAGGCGUACGGGCGCGAGUUCGGGCUGCUGCAGCUGGCCACCUUUGGCGCGACGGUGACGCGCGUCGCGCCCGCCGCGAGCGAAGGCGCGCCUCGGUGGACGGUCGAGUGGACGGUCGACGACGUGGCGCACUCGGACGUCUUCGAUGCCGUCGUCGUCGCCACCGGUCACUACAACAAGCCGUACAUGCCGUCGCUGCCGGGCGAGGAGAACUGGCUCGCGGGCGACGCGGCACGCCGCAUCACCCAUUCGCUGCAUUACGAUGACCCCGACGACUUCCGCGGGCAGAGCGUGCUCGUCGUCGGCGGCCGCUCCUCGGGGGUCGACAUCGCGCGGAUGCUCUACGGUGUCGCGGAGUGGGUGUAUGUGCUAGAGAAGAAGUGCACGAGCGCAACCACGCACGCGGCGGAGGCGGUGACGCACGUGCCGCUCGGCACGCGCCUCUGCCGCAACGGCCGCCUCGCCGCGCCCCGCGGCGGCGGCGGCGGCGGCGGCGAGGAGGAGGAGGAGGUUGAGGGUCCGCCGGUGACGAAGGUGGUGCUCGCGACCGGCUAUGUCUACUCCUUCCCCUUCCUCGACGAGACGGCCUGCGGGCUGACCUUCGAGGGGGAGCGGUUCGUGACGCCGCUCUACCAGCACCUCAUGCACGCCGCGCGGCCCUUCCCGGGCGGGCACGCCGCGCGGCCCACCCUCGGCUUCGUCGGCAUCCCCCUCGCCGUGCCGUGCCCCAUCCCCUUCUUCGAGUGCCAGGCCGCCUUCCUCGCCGAGCAGUGGGCGAAGCCCGACGCAGCGCUCCACGGCGCGGAGGCGACGGCGCGGCGCCAGGCGUGGGUCGCCGCGAUGCGCGACGCCGUCGGCAGCCGCGACCAAGACCUCCACUACACCUCGACGAGCGCCCGCGGCCCAGGGACCACCUCCGCGUGGGCCUACAUGCGCGAGCUGCUGCGAGCGACGCACGCGACGCGGCCGGUGGACGAGGCGGGCGAUUGCUGGCUCGAGCGACCGAGCUGGGAGGCGAGGCUCACCACCGUCGAGGCGGUGUACGCCGACCGCGGCGCGCGCUACCCGAAGCUGCCGUGGGAGGACGACGCGUACCGCCGGUGCGAGUACACCGUCGACUGGGCGAGCGGCACGUGGAGCGUGGACGCGAGCAGGUGCUAGCUGGCGCGGGCAGCGGUGUUUCCGUGGCAUAGUCCAUAGAUUAUAGGCGGCGUGCGUGGAGAGAGUUCACCAGGACUCACUCUUAACGUCUUAUUCAAAAUGCA